GGCACAACCCGGAAAAGGAAUUACUUCAGACCGGAAGCCCGUCCAGUACAGCUGAAGAACAACACACGACGAUCGUUUAUGUUGUUGGCUUUUUACAGUUUAUAUCUAAAGGCAAAUUUUGACUAUUUAUAUUCUUCAUAAGCGGGAAGAGAAUAUUCUAUCAAGAUGGGGGGUGGUGACUUGAACUUGAAAAAGAGCUGGCAUCCCCAGACUAUGAAAAACAUAGAACGGGUUUGGAAAGCCGAGCAGAAACAUGAGGCUGAACGCAAGAAGAUCGAAGAACUUCAGAAAGAGCUCAAAGAGGAACGAGCGAGAGAAGAAAUGACAAGAUACGCAGAAGAAAAAGGGGCUAUAAAAAAAAAAGAUGAUCGCUUGGACUGGAUGUACCAAGGCCCAGCUGGUCAGGUAUCCAGAGAUGAAUACCUCCUGGGUCGUCCUAUUGACAAACAGAUCACUGACCAGUACGCUGAUCCUGAGAGUGGCCCAUCUGCAGAAACUGGACUCCUGCCCGGAUCCAUCUUCAACCCAAACACUGCAGCAUCCGGACUCGACAUGGCUGCCAAAAUUAGAGAGGACCCCCUGUUUGAAAUUAGGAAAAGAGAAGAGGCAAAGAAGAGAGAAGUCCUGACUAAUCCAGUAAAGAUGAAGAAAAUCAAAGAAAUGCUUCGUCAGAAUCUGGACAAAGACAAGAAGAAGAAAAGAAAGAAGGAAAAGAAAGAGAAAAAAGACAAAGACAGAAAAAAGGAGAAGAAACAUAAGAGACGAAGCUCCAGUUCAAGCUCAGACGAGGAAGAUGACAGAAAACACAAAUCCCAUUCACACCAUGAAUCUUCUGACAAAAAGUCAAAUGGUCACCAUUUACCAGGCUAUGGCUUACAGCUUCCAGCAGGCAAAAGUCAUCAUAUCUCGGCUUCCUCCGAUAAUCAUUAUUCUUCACGGCGAGAGAGAAGUCGCUCCCGAUCCCCCCAAAGAAACCACAGGGAUCACCAUUCCUCCGCAAACAGAAAUGACCGACGAGACAAGCCAAGAGCCCCCACUCCACCGAAAGAGCGCUACCAUAGACACAACCACCAUGUCUCCAAGAAGCUGUCUGCAGAUGAGUUGGAGUGUAAAAGACGAGAGAUGAUAGACCAGGCCAAAGAAAGAGAAGAAGACCGAGAAAAUAAUGUAAAAAGAUACAAAAAACAAGAUGAGAAGGAGAAACAGUGGGAACGAAACACCAAGUGUGAAGAACAUGCUGGCUUCAUUCACAACAUGAAACUGGAAAGUGCGGCUUCCUCCUCGCUGGAAGACCGAGUGAAGAGGAACAUCCACUCAAUUCAAAGGACCGCAACCUCUCAAGACCAUUUCAUGAGGAGAUAAAAAAAAAAAAAAAAAAAAACAGACAUUGAGUUAACAUUCAAUCUACCCAUAUGUUAUCACUACAGGGAUGGAUGGUUAUCAUGGAUUGGCUUUAUUUUUAAAAGUACAUUAUUUUAUUGGACAACUGUUUCUUGUACAGAUCCUUCAUUUAACAUUUUAGUAGUAAUUCAUCUCGAAUCCACUGUAACUUUGCAUAGAGUAUUGUUGGUUGUUUUAUAAUACACACACAUUGACCUAUAUUUUUGAUGUUGGAAUAUUGAUUGACUAUUGAAAAU